CAUACUGCACAUUUGUUUCACGAUUUGUCUUUGCAUGUAUCCAGAGUUCUUUCUGUACAUACUUGCCAGUUUUUGUCAGUGAAAACAUGUCAGUCCAGUAUGCAGUGUCAAGGCAGUCUGGAUCUAUCAGAGGUCCGGGUAGUGUACGGAUCUCUCAGUUUUCCUCUCCAUCUGCCCCUGUUGUCCGCAAAGCUUACAGUGUGUAUGGGUUAGGAACAGGUGGCCGAACUCUUGCUUCAGCCCCAGCGUAUGGUGGCAACGUAAUAUCAUCAUCCUUUACUAGUUUGGGGUCUGCAGCAGGUGGUUUGGGUGGAGGCUAUGGGGCUGGUUCAGGCUAUGGUAAUUUUGCUGCAGCCUUGAGUGGGGUAGCAGAUGGUGGUUUUCUUGGUGGAAAUGAAAAAGUAACCAUGCAAAACCUGAAUGACCGUCUGGCUUCCUAUAUGGAUAAAGUGCGCAACCUAGAGAAUGCAAACUUCGAACUGGAGAAAAAUAUCAAAGAUCGUUACUUGAAGCAAUCUCAGGGAGGAGAAGGGACAGGCCGUGACUACAGUCAAUAUGAAAAGACAAUUGAUGACCUGAGGGAUAAGAUCCAGAAUGCAAACAUGGAAAUUGCCAGCAUUAUGCUUGGUUUUGAUAAUGCUAAACUGGCUGCUGAAGACUUCAAAUCCAAGUUUGAGGUUGAACAAACUAUGAGAAAUAACGUUGAAGGAGAUAUAAAUGGUAUGCGUAAACUCCUGGAUGAACUAACCCUGUGCAGGGCUGAUCUAGAGUUAAAAAUUGAAAGUCUCAAAGAAGAACUUGCUUAUAUGACUAAGAGCCAUGAAGAGGAAUCAGAUGCACUGCGUAACCAGAUUACUGGUGAAAUCACUGUAGAUCUUGAAGUGGCUCCAAACCUUGACAUAACAAAAUCACUGGAAGAAAUGAGAGCCCAGUAUGAUGUUUUGGAGAAGAAGAACAAGGCUGAUGCUGAAGCAUGGUUCAAAGACAGGGCUGAAGCACUAAAUAAGGAAGUCUCUACUGACACAAAAUUGCUGCAGACCCAGACAUCAGAAAUAGCAGAUUUGAGACGCACCUUGCAAGGACUGGAAAUUGAGAAGCAGUCUCAACUUGCUAUGAAAAAUUCUUUAGAAAACACAUUAGCUGAAACAGAAGGUCGCUAUGGUGCAAUGUUGCAGAAUAUCCAAUCAUCCAUCCAUGAUAUAGAAGAUAAUCUAGCUCACCUUAGGGCAGAAAUUGAGCGUCACUCACGGGAAUACCAGAUGCUAUUUGACAUCAAAACAAGACUGGAACAUGAGAUUGCUGUUUAUCACAAGCUACUUGAAGGAGAUGAAGGCCGAGUCCACAGUAAUACCACAAUAUUAUCAGGUCCACAGGCAAGCAUGCAGAUUAAAACAAUUGUAGAAGAGUACAAAGACAAAAAGAAGAUCUCUCAGAUUGAGGAGAAGCAUGGACAUCUGUAAAACAAUCUACGUUAUUGCAAAGACAGUCUGCAUCUAGGCAAUAAAAAUAAUAAAGAUAUGUGUUAAGAUUAUACAUGAAAAUGGAACUGAAGAAGGGAAAGGGAUCAGGAAGGUGUAAUGACCCCCAUAUAAGAAGAUCAUUUACUUAAAAAUCCAAAAGCUGUUUUUUUUCUAUUGCCUACAUUCCGACAUAUUUUUAACAGUGGUAGGGGUAUCUAGACAUUAUUCAAAUGUGCGUGUGACUAUUGGGUAAAUAAUGCAAUGGGAACAUUAUAGCUAAUCUUUCCUCACUUCAUAAUAACCAAUAAAAAGAUUUGCAAAGCAGUAUAUGUAGAAAAAAGAAACAGAAAAUAGUUUCUUACUUUUAAGCAACAUACUAUACAGAAGACAGCAAAACAAAGUUCAGAUACUGUAAGUGUUCAAAAAAUGACUUUUCCUAAUAGUCAAAAGUGUAUCUGCAUAAAUAGGUGCAUUACAGGUAAUUCACUACAUUCUAACCCUUGCAGCUUUUUGUAUUACUGUGAGUUAUGUAAUAAACCUAGCUUUGUGAUUUAUCUCAUAUCCAAUAUGUAAUAAAAUAAUUUCUUUGCCACCUCA